CAUUGAUAUCGCUGAAACGCGAGGAAAGGAAGGAGCCCCGACCGCGUAACGCGACUCAACAGUUGCAGUAAAAGGAGCCGCACCAGUCGCGCCGCGCCCGCCGCCCCGAGCGACCGCCACCGCCACCAGCACCACCCGCCGCCGCCGCCACCAUGCGCCACCUGAUGUCGCUCGUGCUGCUGCUGCCGUACGCCGCGGGCAGGCUGCUGCCGCCGCCGCGCUACCCGCUGUACGCCAGCGCGUCGGGCGAGGAGUACGAGCCCUACGCCGUGGCCACGCUGCCGCUGCACGCGCCGCUGCCGCUGCUGCAGCUGGUCUCGCCCGCCCCGCGCGCGCGCCCGCGCCGCCCCGCUCGCCGCCCGCGCCCCGACCAGGAGCUGUACGCGCUGGAGGCCUCCCAGCCGCAGCGCGCGUACGAGCCCGUGCGCUACGAGGCCGUGUACGAGCCCUACGAGGAAUACGAGGAGUCGUACGAGGCCGACACCAAGCACAAGGCGCGGGACCAGUACGAAGACGAGGCCUCCUCGGUGGUGGUGUACGCGCGCCCCAACAAGCACGGCGGCUUCUCGUACCGCAAGCCGGCCGUGCCCACCCCCGCGCCGCCGCGCCUGCUGCCGGAGACGCGGGAACCCGUCAUCAUCAGGAUCCACAAGUACCGGGUCAUUCACUAACCCUGCAACUUUUGGGCCUAACAUGUGACCUACGACAUAUCGGUGAAGAAAAAUAGACAAAUAUCAACCUUCCCCUUUCAACCAUCGCACCGCAAGACACCGGGUGGGUUUUCAUCCCUACGUCGUUGAUGUCCCUAUGGACUCAUACAAAUGCUUUGCAUCUUUAUCAUACACAUGGCUGGCGUUUGGCUCUUCUAUCUUGCAGUCUUUAAGCAUGAGUGAAUGGGCAUAUUCUAGACAGGCGCCCCAUCUUAGACUUCAUCUACACUUACCAUCAGAUGAGAUCACAGUCAAACGCGAUCUUGUCUAAAAAAAAUACCAAUUGCAGCGGAACCGGAAGUAGUACUAUAUCUUUUAUUGCGAUUGGGUCGAAAGAAAUGGACAAUGGUAAUAGAUUUUGACGACCUCCGUGGCGCAGUGGUAUUCAGGGUGGAUCUACCAGACGAAGGUCCUGGGUUCGAUCCCAGGCUGGGCCGACUGAGGUUCUCUUAAUUGGUGCAGGUCUGGCUGGUGGGAGGCUUCAGCCGUGACUAGUUAUCACCCUACCGGCAAAGACGUACCGCCAAGCGGGUUAGCUGGUCAACUUUGUCUAUUUCUCUUCACAACAUAUAUCAUUGGUUGCACGUCAGACCUACUAGAGCUCAUUGUUAACAUGUAUUACUUUGAUAUAUAAAAACUAUUCGAAAAGUAUAUCUGCGCUUCACAUAAAUUAACUAGGGACAGCUAUUUAAUUGCACGGAAGCAACGAAAGUGUAGCUGGCGCGCAGUCAGUGUAUACAUAACUAGCUGCUCGUGUUAGUAACGCUGACAGUAUUUCAGAUUGGUCUGCGCCAUACAGCUAAUACGUCAGUAGUGUAAUCAGUAAAAUAUAUUAGCACAACAGUAUAGGCGGACAGCUAGCGACGGACAGACUUUGAAAGUUUGUCAGUAUACGCUCCUUUACCUUAAGUAAGUAAGUAUGAUGAGUUUCGACCGUGCUCACUGCGGAAGGUAGCAGGCUUCAGGGGUCCAGGCUAAAACCAAAGAUUUUAUACUAUUACACAUGUCACUAACGCGUCGAAACUGAGGCGAACAAAGGUGGAUAAUUGUCUUAAUUUCUAAAAUCUGUUUAUCAUAUAUAAUAUUUAAUGUAAGUUAACGAAAAAUUAUAUGUGUGCGCUCAGUGGAGUCGCUAAAUUCGGCGGUCUGGCUGUCGCUGGCUCUUACACUAUAAAGGACUACUAGUAGUGUAGUACAUAGCUGCGGGUACUAUGUCACGGGAAUACAUUGUCUACAUGUUUGUUGCACAUUGAAAUUCACACUGAUGUUUGAAAAAUAUUACUGACUCACUUUACAUUUAUAUAUAAGUAGGAAGGUAUUUAUUUUUCGUAGAAAGUAAGAUACAGUUUAUAUUAUUCAACGUUAAGUACACUCCAAUGGCUUUAAUAAAUAUUAUAUAAUUUCUAUAAUGAAAGUUCGAAUGUACGAGUGACAGUUAUAGAGGUUUUUAGCUAUUAUAUUUUAGUUUUACUUAUAUUUUGUAAAUACAUACAAUUUCUUACGUU